UUCUCAAAGAGUACUAAACUGCAGCUAUGAUUAUAUCAUAUUUUCCAAAAUGCAUGGCAAUUUUUGCCCUCUUUGUCGUAAGUGUUGGUGCGCUGGACACUUUUAUUGCUGCAGUGUAUGAGCAUGCUGUUAUAUUACCAAACAGAACAGAAACACCUAUUCCAAGAAAAGAAGCUUUGUUGCUGAUGAACAAAAACAUAGAUGUUUUGGAGAAAGCAGUUAAACUGGCAGCCAGGAAAGGUGCACAUAUCAUUGUGACUCCAGAAGAUGGAAUUUAUGGCUGGGUCUUCACAAGGGAGACCAUUUACCCCUAUUUGGAGGAUAUCCCACACCCGGAAGUGAACUGGAUUCCAUGUAAAGACCCUCAGAGGUUUGGCUACACCCCAGUGCAAGAAAGGCUCAGCUGCCUGGCCAAGGACAACUCUAUCUACGUCGUGGCAAAUAUUGGGGACAAGAAGCCAUGCAAUUCCAGUGAUCCUAAGUGUCCCCCUGAUGGUCGUUACCAAUACAACACUGAUGUGGUGUUUGAUUCUGAGGGUAGGCUGGUGGCACGUUACCAUAAGUACAAUCUUUUUGCACCUGAAAAUCAAUUUGAUUUCCCCAAGGAUUUGGAAUUGAUGACUUUUGACACUCCUUUUGGGAAGUUUGGUAUUUUCACUUGCUUUGACAUUUUUUCUCAUGACCCGGCCGUGGUGAUGGUGGAUGAGUUUCAAGUUGACAGUGUCCUCUACCCGACGGCAUGGUACAACACACUGCCCCUCCUCUCAGCUGUUCCCUUCCAUUCGGCAUGGGCCAGAGCCAUGAGAGUCAACCUGCUUGCUGCAAAUACUCACAACACCAGAAUGCAUAUGACAGGAAGUGGAAUCUACACACCUGAAGCAGUCAAGGUGUAUUACUAUGACAUGGAAACAGAGAGUGGCCAGCUGAUGCUCUCAGAAUUGAAGUCCCAUCCUCGACGGGAACCCACAUAUCCUGCAGCCGUUGACUGGAGUGCUUAUACCAAAAGUGUCAAGCCAUUCUCAUCUGAGCCGUUGGAGUUUCCAGGGAUGAUUUAUUUUGAUGAGUUCACCUUCAUAGAGCUUAAGAGAAACACAGGAAAUUAUACGGUUUGCCAAAAAGAACUGUGUUGUCACUUAACUUACAAGAUGUCUGAGAAGCGAACAGAUGAGAUGUAUGCCCUAGGUGCUUUUGACGGACUGCACACUGUAGAAGGCCAAUAUUACUUACAGAUAUGUGUAUUACUGAAGUGUCAAACUAUUGACCCAAGAACUUGUGGGGAGCCUGUGGGGUCAGCUUUUACCAGCUUUGAAGAAUUCUCCCUCAGUGGCACAUUUGGAACAAGUUAUGUUUUUCCACAGCUCAUUCUAAGUGGGAGUCAGCUUGCCCAUGAAAGACAUUAUGAGGUUUCAAGAGAUGGACGUCUGAAGAGCAGAAGUGGAGCCCCUUUGCCUGUUUUAGUUAUGACGCUGUAUGGAAGAGUGUUCGAGAAGGACCCUCCACGCCUAGGGCAGGGACCAGAAUAAUUACAAUGAUCCCCUUUUCCGGCACCCUUUCAAGAUU